AUGAUUAUCACUAGGGAUGAUGUUGUUGGGAUUAGGAAUUUGAAACUUCAAUUGGCUAAACAAUUUGAGAUGAAAGAUUUGGGUACUCUUCGUUACUUUCUGGGAAUUGAGGUUGACUAUUCCCCUCGAGGUUAUCUGCUCUCUCAAUCUAAGUACAUUGCCACCAUUCUUGCACAAGCUCGUCUCUGUGAUACUGGAACAGUUGACACUCCUCUGGAAAUGAAUACUCAAUAUAACUCAUCUAAUGGUGUCCCUUUGAAAGAUCAUACUCUGUAUCGAACUCUUGUUGGCAGUUUGGUGUAUCCUACCAUUACUAGACCCGACAUUGCCUAUGCAGUGCAUGUUGUUAGUCAAUAUGUAUCCUCCCCUACUACAAAUUUGGUCAUGUGGAACAACUGUUCUUUGUAA